CUCGCGGAUUCCCCGCCCCACAGUUCUGGCCAGCGUCCCGGUGCGCACGGACGUGGCUCGAGUUUCCUCCCCUCUGGGCUCCUGCUCGCUUUCCCCUCUCUCGCUCCUCUUUCUCUCCCGGUCUCCCGCUCCAGUUUCACCCGGCGGGCUCCGCACGGCUCCGGGAAGCUAUGGAGGAUGUCACACUCCAUAUCGUCGAGCGGCCGUAUUCUGGAUUUCCCGAUGCCUCCUCCGAGGGCCCGGAGCCCACCCCAGGGGAGGCUCAGGCCACAGAGGAGCCGUCGGGGACCGGCUCUGACGAGCUGAUCAAGUCAGACCAGGUAAACGGGGUGUUAGUGCUGAGCCUUCUGGAUAAAAUCAUCGGUGCCGUUGACCAGAUCCAGCUGACCCAAGCCCAGCUGGAGGAGCGACAGGCAGAGAUGGAGGGCGCCGUGCAGAGCAUCCAGGGAGAGCUGAGCAAGCUGGGCAAGGCUCACGCCACCACGAGCAACACCGUGAGCAAGCUGCUGGAGAAGGUGCGCAAGGUCAGCGUCAACGUGAAGACUGUGCGCGGCAGCCUGGAGCGCCAGGCGGGCCAGAUAAAGAAGCUGGAGGUCAACGAGGCGGAGCUGCUGCGGCGCCGCAACUUCAAAGUCAUGAUCUAUCAGGAUGAAGUCAAGCUGCCGGCCAAACUGAGCGUCGCCAAGUCCCUGAAAGAGUCAGAGGCGCUGCCGGAGAAGGAAGGCGACGAGCUGGGCGAAGGCGAGAGACUCGAGGAGGACGCCGCGAUCGAGCUGUCUUCCGAUGAGGCGGUGGAAGUGGAGGAGGUGAUCGAGGAGUCCCGCGCCGAGCGCAUCAAGCGCAGCGGCCUGCGGCGUGUGGACGACUUCAAGAAGGCCUUCUCCAAGGAGAAGAUGGAGAAGACCAAGGUGCGCACCCGCGAGAACCUGGAGAAGACGCGCCUGAAGACUAAGGAGAACCUGGAGAAGACCCGGCACACACUGGAGAAGCGCAUGAACAAGCUGGGCACGCGCCUGGUCCCCGUGGAACGACGCGAGAAGCUGAAGACGUCACGCGACAAGCUGCGCAAAUCCUUCACGCCCGACCACGUGGUGUAUGCGCGCUCCAAGACCGCUGUCUACAAGGUGCCGCCCUUCACCUUUCACGUCAAGAAGAUCCGCGAGGGCGAGGUGGAGGUGCUGAAGGCCACUGAGAUGGUGGAGGUGGGUCCUGACGACGAUGAGGUUGGCGUGGAGCGCGGCGAGGCCACUGACCUGCUGCGCGGGAGCAGCCCCGACGUGCACACGCUGCUGGAGAUUACUGAAGAGUCGGAUGCCGUCCUGGUGGACAAGAGCGACAGCGACUGAGCAGGACUCACGGGGCUCUGCCCUGGAGGCCAGCGCCUGACCCUGCCACUCCCUCACCCCCACACCUGCCCGCCUCCUUUCUCUUUUCAAACUUUCUCUUGUGCAUUCUCCUCAGCCUCCCAGUCUGGUUGAGCUCUUUCUAAGCUGAAAACACAUCGCCUGGAAGAGCACCC